ACCCUAGCGGCUGCUUUUCGUUGGGCAGCGUGGUGGCCGCGGACGCCGGUGAAGCGCCCUCGCUUUAUUUCGAUAGAAUUGUGUGUAAAGGUUUAAGAUUCAGCUGAAAAUGCCUUGUCGAAAGGAGAACUACAUCUUUUUGGAGCAGUCCGUGACCGUCGAUUCUAAAGAGGUGGACGCUCUUGUGACUAAAAUCGGCGAGGCUCUUCAGCUGCACAACAAUAGCGCUACACAGCAGACGAUGUCGCGUCUCCACGGUCUGACCAGCAGCAGCAGCAGCAGCAGCAACAACAACAACAUCAAGCAGAGCAACAACAGCAACACUGCCAGCGCACAGAAGAGAAAUGGCUGCUGUAUACGUCUCCGCAGCGGCCGGAAAGCGACCCGAGCAAGUCCGUACAACAUACCCGGCUCCAGCGAUCAGGAAUGGGAGCAUUUCGCAACGUGGAACCGAAAGGGACUGGAUGGUUCGGGUAGCGAGGACGAUCCCCACCAGCUCCUCCAGGAACUGAUCUUAUCUGGGAACCUCAUCAAAGAAGCGGUCAGACGACUUCAGUUCUCGUCCGAGUCGCACCGCGAUUUCUCAAAACAAAUCGACUGAAAGUGCGAGGCAGCAGCCCGCUAGCGGACAGCAGAAAUGUGGAGGAGGUGGAUUAAGCUUGUGCUAUCUGAUCACCUCGGCUAACCUGGUUAGCUGGAUAGCCACCGAGUUCAUGAGCUAUCACGAUAAUACUCAUACAUUUUUUCUGGAAGUUUAUAUAAGUGAACGUUACUAAAACCGCGAUGUUGGAUUCAAAAAAUGAACCUGUUAUCCAUUAUUUCGACUGUUAGCUAGCGCUGUUUUUGUUUGAAACGGGACUAAACGUUGUGAGUGUGUCACUAGCACGCCAACUAAGACUGGGGGUCUUUUUUUUCUCAAUGAAAUGUAAACGGCAAGUUAUUAUUUGUCCUUAACUCCACACGUAUUGUGUUAACAUUGUGUUUUGAAACGGUAUUCCUGUUUGCAGGCUAGUAGACCAAAUGGUCAGUGAGUGCACCAUGUUUGGUAGCAAGUAAGAGGUUAGCAUUGUGCCCUUGGCGUGCUACCUUUGUUUACAGUCUUGCUAUCAGUAGUUUGGUGUGGGGAUGGGCCACUGCUACACCACUCUCUCUUUCUCUCUCUCUCCCUCUCCCUAAAGCUCUUCUCACUCAGCAAGAAGGUACUACACUGUCUGUUUUUGGACUUUCAAGCUGUUUUCUACACCCUCAUGGACUUCUCUGUCGAGUCUCACGGGAAACACAGGACCUGUUGGGUAUUCUGAGGAGAAGCUGACUCUGGAGAGGGAGAGGAGUGAGAGAGACAUGGAGAUUUUCCCCAACAGACUCUCUGGUGCUUUCUGAAUUCCUGUAUGGAGUUCGUCUGUUUCUCUGCUUUCUCUGUCAUGUCUGUAUGCUUCGUAACGAAGUCAUUUUAACAGCCCUGACUUUUUCAGGCAGUUUGGUCUAUAAUAAACACGGUGGAUUUUUUUU